UGAACCAAGGCCUCCAGGGGUGUUUCAAAUGUCCGUCAGUUCAUAAGCUGCUCCCAUUCACCUGAUUCAGCUUAUCCAAAUAGUCCGAAUUAAUGACCACUUUUUAGUCUGUCUGGAAGCCUAAACCCCCCUUUUUUUGGCCUUCUCGGCUGUCUAUGUAAUUAUAAUAAUGCAAAAGAAUGUGCUCAUACCGAGUCCAGUAAUGUAAAGCUAAAUAUAGCAUCGUGUUAAAUGACGGAAAUUGGGCCAGCAAAAUGCUAUCAUGCAAUGGUUUGUGACCGGUCAAAUUUUGGUCCAGCCACCAUACUAUGUAUAGCAUAACAAAACAGGGGCAUGCCAAAUUCAGCCAACCGUCCCAUCUCUCUUGGCUGAUGCUUCACGUGCUACCUCGUGUUCUUCCUGAUGAGAAUUCGGAUAUGAAGUGACAUUAUAUCAUCUUUAUGGGACAAUGGAACCUAAGAAAACCCUAUUUAAGGGAGUGUCUGAGGAUUUCAGGGGAAGGGCAGCUUGCUACAAACAAGAUUGGCAGAAUGGCUUCAGUUCUGGUCUCAGGAUAUUGGCACCUACGCUGUACAUCUUCUUUGCAUCUGCACUACCUGUUAUCGCCUUUGGGGAGCAACUGAGUAAAGAUACAGAUGGUACACUCACGACAGUUGAGGCAUUAGCAUCAACUGCUAUAUGUGGCAUCAUACAUUCUGUAAUAGGCGGACAGCCACUGCUGAUUGUUGGAGUUGCAGAACCAACUAUUAUCAUGUACACGUAUCUCUACAAUUUUGCAAAAAAUGAGCCAAACCUUGGACCGAGAUUAUUCCUAGCAUGGGCUGGAUGGGUUUGCAUCUGGACUGCAGUCAUGCUGUUCCUCAUGGCAAUGUAUAAUGCUGCAGCUGCUUUAAACAGAUUUACAAGGUUUGCAGGAGAACUGUUUGGAAUGUUAAUUACAAUUCUGUUCAUGCAAGAAGCUAUCAAGGGAAUGUUUAGUGAAUUCAGUGUACCUGAGGGUAACGACCAGAGCCUACCGAUAUACCAGUUCCAAUGGGUAUAUAUUAAUGGUCUGCUUGGGCUUGUGUUUUCAAUGGGACUGCUCUAUACAGCAUUAAGUAGCAGGGGUGCAAGGUCAUCGCUCUACGGCACUGGGUGGCAAAGGAGCUUAAUUGCUGACUAUGGUGUUCCGCUUUUGGUCAUACUGUGGACCGCAUUGUCAUAUUCGUUACCCAGCAAGAUCCCUUCAGGUGUUCCCAGGAGGCUCUUUACCCCGCUCCCUUGGGAACCCAAAUCACUACAGCAUUGGACAGUAGCUAAGGAUUUGUUUUCUGUCCCUCCAGCCUACAUUUUUUUGGCUAUUGUGCCUGCAGCGAUGGUUGCAGGACUCUAUUUUUUUGAUCAUAGUGUAGCUUCACAGAUGGCUCAGCAGAAGGAAUUUAAUUUAAAGAAUCCAUCGGCAUAUCACUACGACAUUUUGAUCUUGAGCUUUUCGGUCUUGAUCUGUGGUCUUCUUGGCAUCCCUCCAUCUAAUGGAGUACUUCCCCAGGCCCCCAUGCACACGAGAAGUCUUGCUGUCUUGAGGAGGCAGGCCUUACGGAAAAAGAUGGUCCAAACCGCCAAGGAAGGCAUGAUGAACAAUGCUAGUAGUUCAGAAGUUUAUGGAAAGAUGCAAGAAGCUUUCAUUAAAAUGGAUGAUAAAAUGAAUGAGGAUUCUGUUCACAAAGAGCUCAAGGACUUGAAAGAUGCGGUUAUCCCAGAGGGGGAUGGUUCAGGGAGUGUGCCUGAAGUAUUUGAUCCAGAAAAACAUCUGGAAGGUUACUUGCCUGUCCGGGUGAAUGAGCAGAGAGUAAGCAACCUGCUUCAGUCUCUGCUGGUUGCUGGUUGUGUUGGAAUUGUUCCGGUCAUUCAGAAGAUACCCACAUCAGUCCUUUGGGGUUACUUUGCUUAUAUGUCCAUAGAUAGUCUGCCUGGGAACCAGUUCUGGGAGCGGAUACAACUUCUGUUUGUCGCACCUCAGCGGCGCUACAAGGUUCUUGAAGGUGCCCAUGCGUCCUUCUUGGAGUCGGUGCCUUUCAACAAGAUAUCUGCCUUCACCCUUUUCCAGCUGAUUUAUCUCUUGAUGGUCUGGGGGGUGACAUGGAUACCAGUAGUAGGAAUCCUCUUCCCGCUCUUGUUCUUCUUUCUCGUUAUCAUUAGGCAGCAUUUGCUCCCAAAAUUCUUUGAUACACGCCACCUGUGGGAAUUGGAUGCAUCAGAGUACGAAGAAUGUGAGGGGGUUCGCCGUGAUCCAUCGGUAUCAGAGGCUGAAGACGAAUCCAUUGCCCGCGGCAUUGAAGCUCCCCCUGAUUAUGCUUCUGAGAUAUUGGAAGAAUUCACGACUCACCGUGGAGAACUGAAGCACAGGGCCCCGAGCUUCCGCGACGAGCGGCUGAUACGGCUGAACUCGGUCCAGAUGACGAGACAGUUCUCCCGGAUCUCUUCUUUUGCUCCUCCACGGCCCUAACUGAGGAAGGAGAUGUGAAGACAUUCUUUCUGGCAUGGAUCUCUAGACGAUGGGUGCAAAAAUACCCGGCGUAUCACGGCUUGUACAUGGCGGAGCGAGUGAUAACAUUCUUGUCUACAUCAAGUAACCGCUGCCAAGAAUACAUACCAAUCUGGGGCCAAAGACACGUCGAGGAACGACGAGCUGCGCGGGGAAUAGUGAAAUUUGUAGUGCGUGAAUAUGAGCUAUUGUGCAGAAGAGAAGAAAUGGAAAUGGAAAGGGGAUACGGCAAGGAACAGCGUAUUAUUUUUGUUAGGCUAUUGCACAUCGUUUGUCAUAUUAACUGAAAUGAAAUGAUGAUGUAAAUAAACUGAAAUGAAAUGAUGACGCACCUGCUCUAGUUAGCCUUAGAAAAGCUAA